AUGGCGGUGACUGUCGCGGCCGCCAACGGCACCCUCCGGACGUGCUCCGGCGUGUCUCCAACGGCGCCCGGCGGCCGCCGUGCUGCGGUUCUUGGUCGGUGUCGGCCUCUUGCGCCAGCCAACUUGAGAUUGUCCUCUCCAGCUGUGAGGGUUCCAAGGGCUACUUCUGCUGCGGCGGUUGAGGAUUGGAGCAACACUGAUAUAGUCCCUAUCCCGAAAGUUAUAAUAGAUCAAGACUCAGAUCCGGAUGCAACUAUUGUAGAAAUAACCUUGGGCGAUCGUCUUGGCGAGCUCCUUGAUACGAUGAAUGCCCUAAAGAACUUGGGGCUAAAUGUCGUUAAAGCUAGUGUCUGUCUCGAUUCUACUGGCAAGCAUAACAAGUUUUCUAUAACUAAAGCGUCCACUGGCCGUAAAAUUGAUGAUCCAGAGUUAUUAGAAGCAAUUCGACUGACGAUCAUUAACAACAUGAUAGUGUAUCAUCCGGAGUCCAGCAGUCAAUUGGCUAUAUGGGAGCAACUUUUGGGCCAGAAGCCCCUACAGAAGAGCUUACUUGUGGUGGAAACAGCGGAUCGUCCAGGGUUGCUGGUUGACCUUGUUAAGAUCAUCUCAGACAUCAACAUCAAUGUCCAAUCUGGAGAGUUUGAUACUGAGGGGCUACUGGCUAAAGCAAAAUUCCAUGUCAGCUACAGGGGCAAACCACUGAUGGAGGCUUUAAAACAGGUUCUUUCUAAUAGCUUGCGCUAUUUCUUGAGGCGGCCGACAACAGAGGACGCCAGCUUCUAG